GACGUCACGCCAGCUGCAUCAUCGUGAGUCUCCAGGCUCUCCUCUCUCCAUCAAAACACUCCUCGCCUCCGCGAAAUCUUGUGUGUUCUCGUGGAAAUGGCCGCGCAGCCCAGCGACACUCUGGCGACGCUCAAGACCGAGUCUGAGACGCUGAAGACGAAGCUGGAGGAGGAGAGAGCCAAACUGCACGAUGUCGAGCUACAUCAAGUGGCGGAGAAGAUUGAGGCUUUGGGUCAGUUUGUUAUGAAGACCAGACGAGCUCUGAAAGGCCAUGGAAAUAAAGUCCUGUGUUUGGACUGGUGUAAAGACAAGAGGAGAAUCGUCAGCUCAUCUCAGGAUGGAAAGGUGAUUGUAUGGGAUGCAUUUACCACAAAUAAGGAGCAUGCGGUGACUAUGCCCUGUACGUGGGUCAUGGCCUGUGCUUACGCCCCCUCUGGAUGUGCAGUGGCUUGUGGUGGCUUGGACAAUAAGUGCUCUGUGUACCCUCUAUCCCUGGACAAGAAUGAAAACCUCGCCGCCAAGAAGAAAUCAGUGGCCAUGCACACCAACUACCUGUCUGCAUGCUGCUUUACUAACUCAGAUAUGCAGAUCCUGACGUCUAGCGGUGAUGGCACGUGUGCUCUGUGGGAUGUAGAGAGCGGUCAGAUGCUGCAGAGCUUCCAUGGACACGCGGCUGAUGUGCUGUGUCUGGAUCUGGCCCCCUCUGAGACCGGAAACACAUUCGUGUCAGGGGUGGGAACUGAGCUGCUGAUGCCAAACACAAACCUUCCCUUAACAAACCAAUGUCACACAUUACCUUACAGUCAACAUGAGAUCAUGACUGACCCUAUUUGCUUUCUUAAAGGGAUAGUUCACACACAAAAAAAAAUUAGCUGUUAAUUGACAGGCCAUGCAAG